AGCUACAAAAGAAGAAAGAAUUCAAUUCGCGUGUAAAAAAGUGGAAUUGAGCGGAGCUGAAACCCAAAAACGCGCUUGAAUCGUGUUUUUAAGAAGCCUCAAUCAUUCUUUUAAUUUCUUUGUCUGUCAAUCUAGGCGAUUUGCAAAGAUGGAAAAUCCUUACGAACAGCAGCAAAGCGCUUUACUAAUCCGUAUCGUUACUAAUGUCAAAAGGCUCAACCAGACAAUGACAGAUUUGAACCAGAAGUUAGAGACAUUAAACAGGUACAAUAGUGAUGUGGUACUCAUAGCCGACAUGUGGUCUGCCUAUAAUGAGUCUGUCCGUAUUCAUCUUGACAACACGAAAGCUUUGGAUGAUCCGAACGAUGCAAAGCACACAACUAUUUAAAGAGAAAACUUGACACACACUACCAAUAUAGAUAUCUCUUUGAUGCAUAUUUGA